AUGCCAAAGUCGACAGUUGCAAGGCCCACAGUCGCGAGUGAGAGACGGCAUGCCCCACUCGCUGAUGAGAUUCUAAAUGCGGGCCAUCCCCGUUCUAAAAAGAGCAGCAAACGCAAAUCGAGACAUGACCCCGAAGACGCAACGGACGACCACUACAUCGAUGCCAAAUCGUCAAAAAAGAUCCUCCAGAUUGGUCAAGAUCUUGCGGAGGAAGAUGCCUUCGAGGAGCAGGCUGCUGCUGCUGCGCGGCGUCCGGCUGCCCUUAGCACCGCCUUUGAUUUCGAGUCAAGAUUUGGGACAGAGUUCAACGAGUUCGAUGAGGAGGAUCCUGACGCUGAUAAUUUUGGGGACGAUGGCCAGUGGGAGGAUGAGGGCGAGGUAGAAGAGAUUGAGGUUGACCCAAAUGACCUUGAUAUGUUUCAUAAAUUCGUUGGUCGUGAUGACGAAGAUCCUAUUUUUGACCCUCGUCAGCCUGGCGGUGAUGGUGAAGAAGAAAGCACCAAUUUAGCGGACCUUAUACUACAGAAGAUUGCUGCAUUCGAAGCGAAAGAAGCCGGACAACCCCAAAUUCUCGGGGGAGGUCUCCCAGAAGAUGCUGUACAGAUACCUGCGAAAGCCGUGGAAGUUUAUGAAAAGGUUGGCAUUUUACUUUCUCGCUAUAAGUCUGGUCCCCUUCCAAAACCAUUCAAAAUCCUACCAACGCUACCACACUGGGACGCGUUACUCGAUAUUACACAGCCAGAUAAAUGGACACCAAACUCUAUAUACGCUGCAACCCGAAUAUUUAUCUCUGCCAAACCCCAUAUCGCACAACAAUUCAUCUCGAUUGUCCUUCUUGACCGCGUCCGUGAAGAGAUUCGCGACACUAAAAAACUUCACGUCCACGUUUAUAACGCGCUUAGAAAGGCGCUCUAUAAACCUGCCUGUUUUUUCAAAGGCCUUCUUUUUCCCCUCGUGGCCAGCGGUACAUGCACUCUACGAGAAGCCCACAUUGUAUCCAGCGUCAUUGCGCGUGUCUCGAUCCCCGUCCUUCACUCUGCUGCCGCACUACUUCGUCUCUGUGAAAUAUCUGCCGAACAAACUAGCACGUCCCUCACAUCUGAAGGCACUGGGGCUACCAAUAUGUUCAUUCGCAUCUUUUUACAAAAAAAAUACGCUUUACCUUAUAAAGUUAUCGACGCACUUGUAUUUCAUUUUCUUCGUUUUCGGGCCGUCCAGUCGCAGGAUGUACAUGGCGACGCUGAUAUGGCCGAUGCUUCAGCCUCCAAGGCGUAUAAACUCCCUGUCCUAUGGCACCAGUCACUUCUCGUGUUUGCGCAGAGAUACAGGAACGAUAUUACAGAGGAUCAACGGGAAGCACUCCUAGACCUAUUACUUAUAGUGAGUCAUAAAGAUAUUGGGCCAGAGGUGAGAAGAGAGCUGCUUGCUGGGAGAGGCAGGGGUGUCGUUGCACCAGAAGCCCAACAGGAAAAUAAUGGCGGCGAUGAUACUAUGGAUAUGACUAUUUAA